AAUCUUUUUAAAUACACGGAAGUGACAAAUGUAUGUAAUAGAUGUUUUGAUGCCUGAAGAAGAUCGAAAGAUCGAAACGUUGCAAUAAAUCUUUUCAAUUUUUUGCAAGUGGAUAGUGUGCGGGACCUCUCUUUUUUAUCUGUCUAUUUGGACUUUCGAGUCCUUUUUUCCUACGCACCUAUCGCACACAGGUGUGCGACGUUUAAGUGAUUUAAUUGGCAAAAGAGAAAUAGAAAGCAGAAGCAGUAAAAGUGCCUAACUAAUAGAAAUUAUUAACAUUAUAAAAUCAGUCACAUUUAUAAUCUAUAGACCUGCACUGUCUAUUAAUAUACUGUACAUAGUAUUGUAUAUAAUUGAGUUUGAUAAAAGGGGUCAUCAAAUUGCUUCAUAUAUCAGUGCAAAAACAAAGUGUUUUCGUGGUGCUUUAACAAACAGUGUCAGCUUUGUUUAUGGCAAAGAAAGUUUGGGGUGGUUAGAUUAAUGAACUAUAAUGUGAAAUUAAUAUUAAUGUUUAAUAAAUCAAAGUAUUGUGUUGUGUCACACAUAAUUAGUUCUUUGUCACAUGUAUAGUAGACCAUUUUUUGUCGGUGGAUAUAAUGAUUGCCCUUUUCACGAGCUACCACCACAAGUAAAUUUCAGAUCUGUGGGAAACACUGUAAAAUAUAAAAAUACACUAUAAUAAUAUUGCACUGAAAGUGUUCUGCUCCAAGUUUACUUGUCACUUGUAUUGUAUGUAUAGUUGUUUGGUUUGGUGCCCCCUUGUGGCAGUUCUCCAGAUAAAAUAAGUGAUCACAUUUCUCAUGCAGUCAGCUCCUGAAUCUUCUGAUGCCAUCCUUUGUUUUGUGUUUGUAAAAGCAUCAUCUUUUUACUCUUAAUUCAUAAUGUACCUGGCAUCUUAUUAAACGUCAAAGACUAAGAUGAAUCCUGACUCGUCUGUACUUUAUGGAUGGAGUUUGGCUGGCUGUUAAAUUGCAUUGAUAGUUGCAAUGAGAACAGUACAGUAAAAAGAUGUUAAUCCUACAAGCAAAUCAAGUUACAUGGCAGAAGAUUGCAGUCACAUUUGUACCAUGAACCACGACAAGAAGCCUACAGCCUCUGCAGAGGAAAAAGCAGAGGAAACCAUGAGCGUAGUAGACCGAGCUUCUGAGGCGGGCUCAAAACGCUCCCAUUCAUUACGAUCAUCACAAAAAUCACAAUUCUCACGCUCAUCGCGGUCAUCAAGAAUGUCAGCCUGCACAGGCUCAAGCGGAAGCGGCACGAACUCGUGUAUCGUUUGUAAAGAAAGAAAAUGCAAUCAAACUGGACAAGAUUAAAUUAGAAAUGUCCCAUAAACUGGACAAAGCCAAAAUGGAGGCAGAUUUGGAGGUCCUCCAACAUGAAAAAGAACAAGCUGCUGCUCUGGCCCAGGCAGAAGUGUUAGAAGCAGCUGUAGCAGCAAUUGAGGAUAGUAUUUCAAGUGCUAGCUUCUCUGUGUCUUCACAUAGCAAAGUGGAGCGCACCAAAGACUAUGUUGAAAUGCAAAGCGGGGUGGAACUAAAUAAGCCAAAAGAAACAGACAUUCAGAAUUCAAAUUGCAGCAACAAACUGUUUCCUGAGACCUCAGACCCCAACUGUUCUGCUCAUAGUCUCAUUAAAAUGAAUUCUGAACAGGGUGCCUUCACUGAACUGCCAUCUCAGCCGCUUGAUCUGUCAUUUAGAGAUGAAGUUAAACAGGAAAUAUAUAAUCCUCAUGCAUCAUGUUUCUCUCAGAGGACACCUAUCCCAGGAUGGUCACAUUCAGUUCCAUUUCACCAGCCAGAAUCCUCAGGUAUGCUAGACUUAGCAAAAUAUUUAGCACGUCGUGAGCUUGUAAAUACAAGUCUCGUCAAGUUUGAUGACAGACCUGAGAGUUUUAGAGCAUGGAAAUCAGCCUUUGUUGGAGCCACAGAUGGUUUGGGCCUGACAGCCGGUAAAGAGCUGGACCUGCUUAUUAGAUGGCUCGGCAAAGAAUCAUCUGAUCACGUGAAAAGGUUACGGUCAGUUUAUGUCAGUGAUCCCAAGGCAGCGCUACACGAUGCCUGGGAAAGAUUAACAGAAUGCUACGGUGCACCUGAGAUAAUUGAAAAUGCACUUCUGCAAAGGCUGGAAAAUUUUCCCAGAGUUCUUAAUAAGGACUUUAUCAAGUUGAGAGAGUUAGGCGAUCUCCUGACUGAACUACAGGCGGCCAAGCAAGAUGGCUAUCUGCCUGGCCUUACCUAUCUGGAUACUGCUAGAGGAAUAAAUCCCAUAGUGGAAAAGCUACCAUACUUCCUUCAAGAGAAAUGGCUCUCUCAUGGCAUGAAAUAUAAAGAACAGUAUAAUGCCACCUUUCCUCCUUUCUGGUAUUUUGUUAACUUCGUCUGUUACGAGGCAAAGGCCAGAAAUGAUCCAAGUUUCAUGACUGCUGGUCCUCCUAAAAGUGAGAAAUUCUUGAGCAAACAAGCACAGAGGAUGCCCAUUUCUGUUCAUAAAAUUGACGUCUCUCAAAAGGCCUACCCCAGCAAGGACUCGAGCACCAGUGAUGAAAACCCCAAGAUCUGCCCGAUACAUAAUAAACCACAUCCACUGAAAAAGUGUCGUGGUUUUCGAAUGAAGCCAAUGGAGGAACGAAAGGCCUAUUUGAAGGAACAUGGUAUCUGUUUUCGAUGUUGUGCAUCUUCUUCCCACAUCGCACGCAAUUGUAAAGUUGCAGUAAAGUGUAUGGAAUGUGACAGUGAAGACCACAACACUGCUCUCCAUCCAGGACCCGCACCAUGGGUCUCCAAAAGCUCUUCAGAUCAUGGCGGGGAGGAAAAAGAACGUUCAACGCCUCCUGUGAACAGUGCCUGUACUAAAGUCUGUGGGGAAGGAUUGCCAGCUAAAUCUUGUUCUAAGAUAUGCUUAGUUAGAGUGUAUCCCAAGGGCCGUCCAGAAGCCGCUGUAAAAAUGUAUGCAAUGCUCGAUGACCAGAGCAAUAGGUCACUAGUAAGAUCAGAGUUUUUCGAGUUUUUCAGCAUAAAUAGUCAGACUUCUCCAUAUCUCCUCAAAACCUGUGCCGGAACUAUUGAAGCUUCUGGACGGAGAGCCAAUGGAUUUCAGAUAGAGCCUGUUAGUGGUAAUAUUAGCCUGACACUACCUACUCUAAUCGAGUGCAACAAUAUUCCAGAUAACAGGGCAGAAAUACCUACUCCAGAGGUUGCUCAAAAUCAUCCUCAUCUAAGAAGAAUAGCCUCUGAGAUUCCAGAAAUGGAUGAUAGUGCCCAGAUCCUCAUGCUGUUGGGUCGUGACGCUCUGAGAGUUCAUAAGGUGAGACGCCAGAUAAAUGGGCCUCACAAUGAUCCCUUUGCCAUUAAGACAGAUUUAGGCUGGCUUAUAAUAGGAGAUGUGUGCUUGGGUAAUUCUCACAAGCCAAGUGUGUUAAGUUGCAAGACACAUGUGCUGGACAAUGGUAGAACCUCAUACUUUCCCCCAUGUCAAAGUCACAUCAACUUGAAGGAUAGCUUAUGUCUCACAGCUGAAGCACAAGGUAUCCCUCAUAUCUACAAGGGUGCAUGUGCAAGCAGAGAAAAUCUCCUUGGCUGUUCCGUGUUUAAACGCACAAGAGAUGACGACAAACCUGCUCUGUCUGUUGAGGAUCAUAUCUUCCUGGAGAUAAUGGACAAUGAGUUUUUCAGAGACAGCGACAAUAGCUGGGUGGGUCCUCUUCCCUUCAGACACCCUAGACCUCUUCUUCCCAAUAACAGAGAGCAUGCUCUUACUCGUCUCUAUUCUCUUCGUCGGACUUUGCUGAAAAGACCAGAGAUGAAUCAGCAGUUCACAGACUUCAUGCAAAGGUUGUUUGAAAACGAUCAUGCAGAGUAUGCUGCUCCCCUAAGCAUUGAUCAGGAACGCUGGUAUUUACCAUACUUUGGGGUUUAUCACCCAAAAAAGCCCAACCAAAUUAGAGUGGUGUUUGAUUCCAGCUCUCAAUAUCAGGGUCUCUCACUAAAUAGCAUCCUUUUGACAGGACCAGACUUAAACAACAGUUUGUUAGGUGUGCUGAUUCGGUUCAGAAAGGAGCUUGUUGCUGUGACUGCCGAUAUACAGCAAAUGUUCCACUGUUUCACAGUGAGAGAAGAUCACAGAUAUUAUUUGAGGUUCCUGUGGUUCCGUGAUCAUGAUCUCGAAAAGGAUGUGAUUGAAUGUAGGAUGAAAGUCCAUGUGUUCGGAAAUAGUCCCUCCCCUGCAGUGGCGAUUUACGGACUUCAUCGGGCUGCCAAAGAAGGAGAGCUUAUGCAUGGAACUGACACCUACAACUUUGUGAAGAGAGAUUUUUAUGUGGAUGAUGGUUUGAGGUCAUUUCCGACUGCUGCUGAAGCUGUCGACUUACUUCGCAGGACACAAGCAUCCCUGGCAGAAUCGAACUUAAGGCUCCACAAGAUAAUGUCAAACAGCCCAUUAGUGCUGGCAGCCUUUCCACCUGAAGACUGCGCUAAAGGUGUCAAAGAUCUUGAUUUUGGAGAUGAAACCAUACCAGCUCAACGUAGUCUCGGCCUGAACUGGGAAAUAUCAACAGACACCUUUACAUUCCACUCACCAGAUAACAGCAAACCUCUGACACGCCGUGGCAUUCUCUCCACUGUUAAUAGCUUGUAUGACCCUUUGGGCUUUGCAGCGCCUGUCACAAUUCAUGGUAGAUUCUUGUUAAGAGAGCUGUCAAAAGGAAUAGAAAACUGGGACGAGCCUCUCCCUGAAGAGAAAUGCAGGGAGUGGGAAAUGUGGAGAAAUUCAUUGCAAGACCUGGAAAGAGUUCAUGUUCAAAGGACAUAUAGCUUGAAGUCACUCUCAAAGGCAAAAUUUAAGGAGCUGUGCAUAUUUUCAGAUGCCUCCUUCAAGGCUAUUGGAGCAGUAGCAUAUCUUAGGAUAAUCCAUGAAGAUGGACAGAUCAACAUUGGUUUUGUCUUGGGUAAAGCUAAAUUGACACCUCCAGACGAACCUACAAUUCCUAGAUUAGAACUUUGCGCAGCUGUAUUAGCUGUUGAGAUAUCAGAUCUAAUCUUGGACGAGAUUGAUUUCGAACCAGACUCUGUAAAGUUCUUCUGUGACAGCAAAGUCGUAUUGGGUUACAUACACAAUGAAAGUAGGAGGUUUUACGUGUAUGUGCACAAUCGCGUUCAAAGAAUCAGGCAAUCCUCAAAGGCUGAGCAAUGGCAUUAUGUGCCUACCGAGCACAAUCCAGCCGACUGUGCGUCCAUGUCUGUUCCAGCUUCUCUUCUUACAGACUCCAUGUGGUUGACAGGACCAGACUUUCUUUCUAAACCUUCGGAAAGUGAGCUAACCUUGCAAGAGAACUUUGAGCUGGUGAACCCAGAGACAGAUUCAGAGGUUCGUCCUUUACCUCAAGCAAGCACUGCCGCCACUAGUAUAACUGAGAAAUCACUUAACCCAGAACGUUUUGAACGCUUUUCAACAUGGAAGUCAUUGUUGAGAGGAGUGACAUGCUUGAUCCACGUUGCCAGUUCCUUUCACUCUGAGUCUAAAGGACAGACAUGCACACAUAUAGGCUGGCAUAAGUGUCAUCAGCCUUACUGCCAGAGUGAGUUAGCCCAAGCUAAAAAGGUCAUUCUUCUAUCUGUCCAAAAGUCUGUUUUUCCUGAAGAGUACAGUGCUUUUAAGAAAAAUGUUGAAAUCUCUCAGAACAGUCCUCUGAUCAAGUUGAAUCCUGUUCUGGGUGAAGAUGGACUAAUCAGAGUCGGGGGUCGUCUAACACAUGCACCUGUGGUCAGUAAUGAGAGAAACCCCAUUGUCUUACCUGGACAUCAUCAUAUCUCCACCCUACUAAUUCGUCAUUUCCACGAUCAAGUGAAGCAUCAGGGACGUCUUUUCACUGAAGGAGCUUUGCGCACUGGAGGAUACUGGCUGAUUAAUGGAAAGAGAUCUAUUAGUAGUGUCAUACAUAAGUGUGUUGUGUGCAGGAAGUUACGUGGGAGUACAGAAAUUCAGAAAAUGUCUGACCUUCCAGAGGAACGUCUUAGUACAUCCCCACCUUUCACUUAUGUUGGCUUGGAUGUGUUUGGUCCUUUUUCAGUAUCAGCUCGUCGUACAAGAGGAGGUCACGCAGAGAGCAAGCGCUGGGCCAUUCUCUUCACUUGUAUGUCCACACGUGCUGUUCACAUAGAGAUAAUUGAAUCCCUUGACACCUCCAGCUGUAUAAACGCACUACGGAGAUUUUUUGCCAUUAGAGGGCCAGUGAAACAAUUUCGGUCCGAUUGUGGAACUACUUUGUAGCUGCAAGCAAAGAACUGGGAUUCUCCAAAAUCAUGAAGGACCCAAAGAUCCAAGAAUACCUCACAAACUGCUCUUGCUCAUGGGAAUUCAAACCGCCCCAUGCUUCACACAUGGGGGGAGCUUGGGAGCGUUUGAUAGGUGUAGUAAAGAGGAUUCUGGACUCAAUGUUGCUGCAGUACAAAUCUCGUCCCCUUUCACAUGAAGUCCUAUGCACUUUCAUGGCUGAAAUUUCAGCAAUAAUUAAUGCAAGGCCCUUAGUUCCAAUCUCCUCAGACCCUGACUCUCCUCUCAUUCUAACUCCUGCAAUGCUUCUGACUCAGAAGGUCGGUGUUCCACCAUCUCCUGGCAACUUCUCAGGUAGUGACAUGUUCAGGCAACAGUGGAAGCAGGUGCAGAGCCUCGCUGACAACUUUUGGUAUUGCUGGAGACGCGAGUAUCUCCCAACACUACAAAGUCGUUGCAAGUGGACUAGUACUCAACCUGGCAUUAAAGAAGGUGAUCUUGUCCUUCUUAAAGACAAUCAGAGCCCUCGUAAUGAGUGGCCUAUGGCUCUUGUGUCCAAAGUUUUUCCUAGCGCUGAUGGGAGAGUACGCAAAGUUCAGUUGAAAGUUACAAAAAGUGGAUCUGGAAAGGAUGUAAAGUAUCUUAGACCAAUUACAGAGGUUAUUCUUCUGUUGUCUAAUGACAAUUAAUACUUAAAUGAGACAUCCUUAGGAUGUCUGGCGGGGAGUGUUCUGCUCCAAGUUUACUUGUCACUUGUAUUGUAUGUAUAGUUGUUUGGUUUGGUGCCCCCUUGUGGCAGUU